CCUUGACUGUUGAAAUCAUAUAACGAGUACGAGAAGCUAUUGAAACGGCCAGACAUGUCAACCAUGUCUCUCGGAUUACUAAACUUAGAUAAGCACGUAUACGGUAUGCAUGUAUCUCAUGCUCUAGAUCUUUUGGGGUAUAUAUGAGAAUGCACGUGGCGAUUGUGGGUUCGAGGUUUGUUCCGUUUGGUCAGACGAAAUGGUUUGAGCAGUUCGUGUUUUGGCCUGGCAUAUCUCAUAUUUCUCUUUUCCAAGCUUCAUACCAAUACUACUUAAUAGAAGGCGAAAAUAGAGGGGAAAAGGGAACAAGGGCAUAGCAAGCUAAAAAAAAAAAAUCAAUUCUGCAAAAUGCAUUUCAACCCAUCAAGUCUCGUCAUAUUUGCCACGACGUUGCCACUACUCGCAUCACUGUCGUCCGCAUCGCCUGUACUGGACGUUGCUCAGCGCCGCGACACCGUUCCCUCUGGAAGCUACUACACUGUCGAGCGGCUGCCAUGGGACGGCGUCACGCCUGUGCCGCAUGAGGGCGAAUACCUCUACCCGUACUCAACUGGCACAGGUCCAGGAACAACCGUGGCGGCGUUUACAUCGGACAAGACGCUCGCAGUGAAGGGAUACAUAACCGAGACGACGACGUUUGAACUUGGCAUUGCAUUAUCUGCAUUCCCCUGGACGAUGCAGAUUCCGAGCAGUAACGUAUCAGCUGCAGUGCCGGUAACGAUUGAGGCGAACGCGACCACGCCUGGGACGGUAGGGUUUGGGUACAGUAUUGGUGCAAAGCCGGGAUUGUGGACGUCGGCCGUUGCUGGAUUUGAUGGGUUUUUCGCAUGCGACACAUCGCUCAAUAUCACUCAGCUCUUUGGAAUAAUCAGAUAUGGAAGGAGCUAUUCGAUUCCAAGUGGGUGCGCAGAAAUUCAACUGGACAAAGCAAAUUGAAGGAUUUAACCCAGU